UUGUAAAGUGUGUCCAGCAGCUCUCCCGCCGAUGACCCCCAACUCCCCCUCUCCCUCGUUGGCUCCCUAGUGUCCCGUGACCGCGGCGUCCAGGGCUCCUUGACUUUUCCCAGCGUGAGCCGCGAGGCGCCGCGCCGCUAUAUAAGCCGCGGCGGGGCUCGCCAACACCACCACUCCCGCUUCAACGCACACCAACACAACGAUGGCCGCAAAGCUCUCCCUCCUCCUCCUGGGCCUCGCCGCCACCCUCGCGAGCACCGAUGCCACCUCCUACGGGACAACCCAGCAAAACGCCGCCCCCGCCAACUAUGACUUCAACUGGGCCGUCAACGACGCGCCCUCCAGCAACAACUACGGUCAGCAGGAGUCCCGCCAGGGCGACAACACCAAGGGAUCCUACUACGUGCAGCUGCCCGACGGCCGCCUCCAGCGCGUCGACUACACCGUCAGCGGCGACUCCGGCUUCGUGGGGCAGGUCACCUACGAGGGCGAGGCCCAGUUCCCCCAGCAGAGAUACGGCGCCCCCACCACCAGACCCACGCAGGGCUACGUCCGCUAGGCCUAAUACAUCCUGGUGUCCCUGCACCGUAACGCACUGCACCGCACCGCACCGCCCCUCCCCGCCCCUCCCCGGCUGACAACCCCUGCAACGCCCCUGGACCACACCGUGCCACGCCAUCUUGUAUUUAUUUCUUCGACUCAUGCAUCACUCACAAUAAAGUCACGACAAGCAUCCUCGGCCUCCUUCUCUGCUCCCACCACUCCGUCCUAAACCACCAACACGUUACCUGAGGAUGGGUUUACAGGAGCUGUCUAUAGAGGACGACCAGCCUCCUGCAGAUUCCUUGUGUUAUGUUCGUCACACACUUCUCCUGCCUCCAUCACCACACGUCAUACACGCCACACUGUGUUGCGCCAAACAGGAACUUGAUCUCGGGCACACGUACACCGAACUUAACGAGUGUUGCACCGAGACAGGUCUCUUCCCCUCACCGGCCAGCAAAACAGCACAUUAAAAUUGA